AUAGCGCCCCCUAUCGGACUCAGUGGUCUUGGGUCAGAUGAUCUGUGCUAUAUUGUAAAUAGAGAUCCUCCAGAUUCUCUAGGGACAUGCCUUCUUAGCCCUUUAAAAUUAUCUCGGGCGAGGCAUUUAUACAAAACUAUAUCUCCACUAACAUUGUUCUCUGGGAGCUUUAGCUCAUAGUGGCGUUUUUAAACGAGCAUUUGCGCUAACUCGGCCAUGUACCGGUCUCUGUACGCCUUCCGAUCCACCGAGCCCAACUCCCUGCACUUCUCCGCCGGAGAGAGCUUCCUAAUCCUGGAAAGGAGCAACAAACACUGGUGGUUGGGUUCCCGCUGCAGCUCGGGUGAAACUGGCUACAUCCCUUCCUCUUACAUUGAGAAAAUACAGGCCCCAGAGCAGGAUGAAGUAUUACAGUCUAUUGACCGAGCCAUUGAAGGCAUCCAUAAUGUGGCCUUAAAGAAUGGAGGCAAAUACAAUCUCGAGCAACGUGAUGUUUUACAGAAGCUGAUACAUCACAGAAAAGAGACACUUGCACGGCGGAGCUCCUCUUCAGCAAGUAACAAAUCAGGCAUCCCGACUUCCAACAGUGAGAUAUCACUGAGCCAAACUCCCAACCCACCGAAUGGCCUUAACCGAGAGUACAGACACCAGGGAAGCAUGUCACUAUCAGGAAGUAUGGACAAUAUGCAAGGAGAGCAUGGAUUUUAUCAGGUGCCUCCUCAGCCUCGACGUGCAGCCCCCAUCACCCCUCCUCCUCCAGAGAAACAGAAGAUCAACCGUCGUCCAGAGCCUGAGGUCCCAUCCCGGGUUUCGUCUCUCCCUCCCUCCCCUGCCCCCUCCCUCUCCAUCAGCACCACCUCCUUGGAGUCUGGCUCUGCCCACUCUCUGGUCUCCUCUGAAGUCAGCCUGCCCAGUAUCUCCAGUACCCCACCUCCACCUGUCCCAUCCCGAGCCAAACCCUCUGCUCCCCCACCACCGGAUGUCCUGCCUUCGGAGUCUUCUAUACAAACUGCCCCUGGAAAGAAAAGCCCUGCACCACAGCCCCCUCAGCCUGCCCCAUCCCAGCCCAAAGCUGAGACACAGCAGGACAAUGAUUGGCCCGUUGCCCCUCCGUCCGUUGCUGAGAGCCCCCCUGGCAGCCCCACUACCUCCUGUUCCAAACCGGUUUCCAUGACGAUUGGGGCAGAGCUGAUAGAGCUGGUGCGGAAAAACACUGGCCUGAGUUAUGAACUGUCCCGUGUGGCAGUGGGUGUUGUGGUGGGGCACCUGCAAACGGCACUACCUCAGGCUUCUUCUGCUUUGGAGCAAGUGCUGCUGUCUUUGGUAGAAAGCAAGGAUCUUAGCGCAGCUCUGCCACAGGGGCAGGUGUGUCACGACGAGCAGCGGUUGGAGGUGAUUUUCAGUGACCUCGCUCGACAUUGCGAAGACUCACAACAACGAAGCUGGGCCCUGCACGAGGACCAUGCUCUCAUUGCGUGCUACUUGGAGGAGCUGCUGAAGAUACUGACGGAUGCAGAUCCUGAAGUGUGUAAACGGAUGUGCAAGGCCAACCACUGUGAAAAUGUGAUCUCACUUGUCUCUUAUUAUCAGAUGGAGCACCGCGUAUCUCUGCGGCUGUUGCUUUUGAAGAUUUUUGGAGCCAUGUGCAGUUUGGAUGCUGCUCUCAUCUCCGCUCUGCUCAACUCCAUCCUGCCCAUGGAGCUGGCCCGGGACCUGCAGACAGACACACAAGAACACCAAAAGAUGUGUUACACAGCUUUGGUUCUCACUAUGAUCUUCUCAAUGGGGGAGCAGGUGCCAUAUCAUCACUACGAACACUUGAAUGGGGAAUUUGUCCAAUUUCUUUUGGACGUCGUAGAAGAUGGACUCCCAUCUGAUCCAACUGAGCAGUUGCCCGAUAUCUUCCUCAACCUUCUUCUUUCCUUCAAUCUCCAUCACACCUCGCCAAGCAACAAUGCCAUUAUGGAAGAAAUAACUAAGAAAAAUGUCAAGAUCCUUACUGAAAAAGUCUUAUUGCUUCUUAAUCGAGGAGAUGACCCAGUGUGCAUGUUCACUCACACACCCCCUGCUCCUCACUCAGUGCUUAAGUUUCUUCAGGAUGUUUUUGCGAGUAAAGAGACGGCUAAUAUCUUCUACCACACCGACAUGAUGGUGAUGAUUGACAUUGCUGUACGACAGAUUUCUGACCUUUCACCCGGAGACAAGCUCCGCAUGGAGUACCUUUCUCUCAUGCACUCCAUCAUCCGCUCCACGGACUAUCUCACGCAUCAGCACCGGCUCUCUGACCUGCAGGGGGCACUACAGAGGAUCCUUCAAGAAGAAGAGGAUGCCAGGGAGGACGAGGAAAGUGCUACGGCCAAACAAAUGGAUAAGCUAAUAGUCCAGCAGAUCUAUAAGGAGUUUCCACAGGUCUGUGAGAGCUAGGACUAACUAUGUCAUAUGUCACACACUGUAGUAUCCUCCACCACUGCAGCAGGGAGGUACAGUAACAAACAAUUCAGUUCAAAACUAUUUAGUGCCAUGUCAUGAGUAUUGCCAAUUGAUUAUGAAUCCUCUUUUCUUUUCUUUUUUUUCUUUUUUUUAACGUUUUAAAUAGGGAAAGUAAUCUUGGUUUUAAGGAAAACAUAACUAAAACAGUAAUCUGAAAAAUGUAAUAAUACAAAUGAAUACAAAUAAUACAUAAUACAAAUAAUGUAUUUAACUGGUAAGGCAAGUAUUUCUUUAUUACUUCAGAAUGAAAAGGAAGAUAAACAAUAUUUUUGUAACACUGUAUUUUUUUUCCAAACUCAGUGAUAAUGCCAGCAUUUCCGUAUUCAAUGAUUUGUAUAAUUUGCAUUAUAAAUAUAUAUUUUGUCAAAAUGCACACAUUAUGAAACUAAGUAAGAUCAUUUAUAUUAGUAGGCUAAUUGAGUCCAUGAUUUCAUAGCAAACAAAAAAACUGCAUAGUAUCAAUAUGAAAUUUCCCACACCCAUUUCACUUAAACAUACCAGGAUUAAAGGAUGCUGUGAUAUCAUCUGAAAACCAGCAACUUUGUUUUAAACCAAACUAGCCAAUUGUGAACACAAUUCUUCAUGUCCUUCCUUUACAGUGGGAGCAAACUACAGUGCGCUGAUGGACCAUGUUUAACUUUGAAUAGAUCAGAAAUACUUCCAUGUUUUCUGAUUUCUCCAGUAUUAACAGGUAGACAGUAGUUGGACACACAGUCUCACUUAUCCUCAUAAACAAAAUAAAAGAGCUGUAGUAUUGUGAAUCUCACUUGUGGAAACAUCCAGGCAUUUGUCUUAACCACUUCUGAGCUUCUUAUUCCAUACCAAAACCAUCUCCAGCUGCAGAAGUAUUAAAGUAAAAGAGUAUUUUGUCUGUAAAGUAUAUGCUGCAAUCUAACUGCACUGCAAUAAUGCUUCUAACAAAAGAUUUCACCUUAGUAUUUUAAUAAGAGGAAUACUGCACAUAUUAAAGGUUGAACAUGGUAAUGUGUUUUUUUUCUUUCUUUGUUAACCUCAACAAUUGAGGUUAACUUGGGGCAUGUUUUAAGAAUUAAUCUCAUAGCCAAAUGUAUCAUAUCCUAGUUCUUCUCAACACAAGUUUCCAUUUAUAUCUUAACUUAUUGUCCUAUUUUGUCUGUUCAAAAAAAGUAAUAUUAAAAGAGUCCGCUAAUUAUUUCAUGUUUUCAGUUGUUAACUUUUUAUUUGUCCAUUGUGUUAUGGUUUAGAAUGUGGGAAACUUAUCUACUUUCAAUAACUACCAUUGUCUGCAUAUGUGCUGCAACAGUGUAAUAAUAAACUAAUAAAGCUAUAUUUUAACUGGAA